AUGGUGGUCAGUGAGAGGGAGGAGGACCCGAUGUUCUGGCGAGCGGCGACGAUGGGCUACGGAGGGUACGGUGGGUGGCGGGGGGAGGACGCGGUGGGCGCGUGCACGGAGAGCCUCGGGUCAGAGAGCGGCGACGUCGGGGGCGACGACACCGAGAUCAACCAGCUCCCGGCCGCCGAGGAGGAGGAGGAGGAGGCGGGCGGCGCGGAGCGGAUAGGGGUUGAGCCCCUGGUGGCGUCUUCGCCGGAGAAGAAGCGGCGGCGCCUGCCCCCGGCGAUGCCGCGGGCGGCGGAGGCGUUCAUGCGCGCGGAGCGGUGCGGCGGGCGGCUCAUCCUGACGGAGGUGCGCGUGGAGCAGCGCCGUGGGGUGUUCCGGGCCUCACGCGCUGGCGGGCGGCUCCGCCUCCGGUUCGUGGACGACGACGCCGCCUCCUCCCCGGACAGCGAGAAGGAGCCGGAGGCGCGGGGGAGCGGCGGCGGCGAGAAGGUGCAGGUUGCUGUGCACGGCGGCUUCUGCAACGUCGCCGGCGGGGAGUUCAGCUGCCAGGUGGCGGCCGGCAAGCGCCGCGUCGAGGUUGGUGUGGUGAUGGGCAUCUGAUGAGGGAGACAGAUUUUCUGUCAUCUCGUGUUAGUCCUUAAUUAGCAGCACUAGAUUUUGUUUCUCCCUUUCUUGUUCAUUAUUUAGAUGUAGAUAGAUCCAGAGAGUUUAAUUUUCUUAUAGCAAUCAGUCUUCUUCAGAGGCAUUUCUCUGUUCCUUCCUUCUUUCUUUUUUUGUAUAAAAAU